AUGGAACCAACAGGGUCGAAUCCAAGUCAGCAAUUGUGCAAGCACGAAUUGCCUUGUUGGAAACACACAUUAUUUGGCUUUGCUCGAGGUGCAAUCAUUGGGCUGAUUGUUCGAUCGUUUUUGACCCUAUUGACGAUGCUGCUGAAAAAGAAAAUUUUCAAAGACCCUCUGUACAUCCUCAACAUUUUCAAGAAAAAUAACCUUAGAAUGGUGGGAUUUCUCUCAGGGAUGAUUGGGCUUUAUAGAGCAGUUUUGUGCUUUUUGAGGAAAAAAACUGGGAACGAAAAAAUCAGCAGCUUCCUUGCAGGUUUCGCAUCAGGGAUCCCAUUGUUGUUUGAGGAAAGGGAAUCAAGAGUACUAUACGCGCUUUAUAUAUUAGUCAGAGCUGGAGAUGCAGUAGUCAAGCACUUGGUAGCUAAUGGAUACUUAUAGUGCUAGCAUGCGUUUGGCAUCUCUUAUGAUAAAGCUUUCAGUUUUACCUCAUGCCUGGAUUUUACACUUAAGGCUGCCAGCGAAUGCUCCAUUUUUUGUGGAAACUUAAACAUAAGGGCAAUCCAAAAGCUUGCCUACUCUAUACCGAAAAUUCCUCAUAUCAUUGAUGGACUUUUUAUAGCUGCAAUCAGUGUACUUCACUUUGCAAGAGUGUGGGAGCCAUGGAACAUCAAUAAAGGCUACAUGAACAUGCUGAACCGAUUUAUCACAGGGCAUAAUGACAGGGUGCUGAUUGAUAUGACUGGCUACUCAGAUAAGCUCUUUGGGUUCAAAAAAUAA